UAAUGUGUUUUAAAGACAUCUUGCAAAAGGGGGGCCUCGGUCAAAUGUUAAUGCCAUUUGGGGGGCCUUGCCCUGGAAAAGUUUGGGAACCCCUGGACCAGGCCACAGUGGUCCUACAUGGGGUUUGUGUGCGCAUCCCAAAAUUUGGGCUGUCUACAGAAAACCCAUGUUGGUCCAUUUUAGGAUUUGUAUGUUUUGGCACUUGCCCACACUACCUACAACUGUAACAGCUUUCUAUCCACAAACUUUUUCACCAUGUAGCAUACAUCCUUGAGCCUUUCCACUCAAAUGAAAUGAAAUAGGGGGUGAUUAUUACUCUAUUUUGCUUCCUAGUGAAAGAACAGUCCUCUUUUUUUUUCUUUUUUUUCAAAUGCAAACUCCUAGAUAUUUGUCAUAGUCUCCGCAAUGGGAAGCACUUGACUAGUUAAUAGAUAAUACCUAGACCGAUCAAUACGUGAACAAUUAAUGAAUUUAGAACAUUGUUAUAUUCAUUUCCGCCGACAGAGGGAGCUGUUAGUCCUCAAUUUCAUUCAUAGAGCACAGUUAACUGAGUCAGUGCUGUGUGAUUAGAGCAAAUCAGUCGUGUUUCAGGUUUAGAUGGAUAACAGCUCGACUCUGCUGCUUUGUUGAUCCUUGAUUUUGGCAUCAUGGCUUCAGGAUCUGCAGAGGCCCCCGCAGCCCCUGAGUCAUCAGAUGCAUCGGAGGAGUGCCCAGGAAAAAAGAAAUCCAGGUUCCAGACUUUUAAGAACUUUUUUGCGAAGAAGAAGAGGAAGGAGGCUGCAGGUCCAGUGCCGGAGAGCGAAGUCCAGUUGAAGUCCAGUCAGUCCAUCGAAGAUGUUAACGCUGCUGAGCCAACUUCCAUCCACACUGACAAAGACAGUGACUCCAGUUCCACUAUCAACGUGGGAAGCAAGGCCUUGUCACAGGACAGUGUCUUCACCUCUGAUCCACCCUCUCCUGAGACAAUUGAAGCUCUUCAAACCUCACACGACAGCAUUCACAACAAAGUGAAAUCCCUACAGAUGCAGCUGAAGCAGGCGAUCCGACUUGGCUCUCCUCCAGCUGUUAUCUCUGUGAAGAAGAGUGAGGAUGGAGAGGUGGUUUCGGAGGAUGACGGUCUGCCAUGCAGUCCGCCGGAGUACUCCACAAUCCACACCGUGCUCACAACUUCCUCUCAGAGGUCAUCAGGUGUGGUCCAGAGGAGUGGCUCCCUUAGCCUGGAGGGAUCAGACAGCGAUGAUGACCAGAUGUCUGGGGCUUCAUCGAGACCAGUAACCCCACUUGCAUCCAUUCCUGUGGACUUCAGUGAGCCAGCCAGCUCCCUCUCCUGCCUGGACUGUUCUGCUGCCCACCAUCGCAUUGCUGUCAAAUCCAGAGCCUGUGCUAAAAGGAAGCCUGCCAGUAGGGAGCUGUUACAAACCAAGAGAAGAGACCUGAGAGAAAGAAUACUGCUUCGAGACACAGAGGACAAACUGAGAGCUGCAAGAACAAGCACAGAAGAGGAGGAGAAUAAAGAUAAUGUUUCAAAAGAUGACGAGGAGAUCAGCGAAGUCCAGGAAGACUCUGUAAUAAGCCCAUCAGUAUUAGCACAGAAUGAGGAGGAGCUGCCGGCAUCUUCUCAAAGUCAAAGAUCAUCUACGAUUUCCAACUCCGCUGAGGCUUCUGAGGAUGACGAAUGCGUCCCUGACAAGGAUCACAUCGCCAUGUCUGGGAUCCUAGAAUCCUCCUGGGAGAAUACAGUAACACUGAAGCUCCAGACUGAUGACUUCCUGCUGGAUGAAGGAUGCGAGGUUGUCUCAGAAGAGCAGGGUUCACUGCUAGAGGAAGUGCUGAGUUCCCUGAAGGGCCCUCUUGUGUCAGGCCUGGUGCUGGAGUCCGAGGCUACAGUUGAACAGAUGGAGGUUGAAGACACAGCUGAGGAAGAUGUGCUAGAUAACCCGGAUGUGGACGACACGACAGAACACCCUGACUCUACAGAUCCAUGUUCAGUCCUGGAUGACCAAUUGCCUUUUGAAAACACUCUUUCUGAAUCAGUUACACUUCUACAAGAGGUAGAGAAUGUUUUACAGGAAGAAAAGGUGCCAGAGAGGCAAGAGUUUGCUGAGGAUGUCCCAUUUGAAGAAGAUCUGCAAUUGCAUGAGGGUAGUAUUGAGAGAGAGGAGUAUGAGGUUGAGGAAGACCAAGACUACAGGAAGGACUUGAAGGAGGAAGUAGCUGAAGACGGUGAGAAAAUGGACUGUGCUGGGGAGGAAGUAGUCAUGGAACAAGAGGAUGAGGACACAAAAAUGGAGGAAAAUAUGGAUAAGGAAGAGAAGCAUGAGAGUGAGGAAGAUGCAGAAAAGGAAGCUGAUCAAGAGGAACAGAUGCUGGUUGAAGACAAUAAAGAGGACGAUGAUGGUGAAGAACUAAAUGAAGAAGAAAUAGAAGAAGAAGAAAAUGAGACCAAAGAUCAGUCAUGUCCAUUAGACGAUGAAGAACAAGAGACCGAGUCGAAUACAAGCAUUAAAAUUGAAAGCUUCCAUGAGACCGACCGAAGUGCCUCAGUGUCAACAGAGGUUGUGACCCAGCCUGAGGAUCUUUUAGCACAGGAGUGUACUGAGCAACCUCCCUUUAUGGUCAUGACCUCUCUUGAGCUCAGUUUUCCCAAGAAAACCUCAAACCAGCCCAAGGAGACAGAAUAUGGUCCUGAAAUUUUACAGGAGGACGCCAAUGAGCAGCACGAACUUCUGGAAGCAUGUGAAGAUCAGUCCACAGAAAGUCUGCAGAUUGAUGAUGAAUCUUCAGAGCUGCGUCAAGAGGAGGUGCUGUCUGAGAGUCACCAGUCAAGCUCAUCUGAAAGUGAGGCUGCUAAAGAGUCAAUUCAGGAGGUCUCACCAUCUGCAACAGAUGAUCCUGUAUUCAACAAGUCCCCGAGCAGAGAUCAGUCUUCUGAUUCCAUGAGAGCUGAGCCAUCUGCCAGCCAAGUGGAGACUCCGAGUCUGCCAUCAUCCCCUCUCCAGAGAGAGAUAUGCCAAGCUGACGAGGACACAACCCCAGAGAACCCGUUUGGAGUACGGCUGAGAAAGACGCCAGUUCUGCACCGCUACGCUUCUGAAGGAGAAAGUCCACCUCCCAACACGGAGCCCAUGGAGACACAGAAAUCACCGUUCUUAGAGCAACUUUCCAGGAAACCUGCUUUACCCAAGAAGCCUGAUCAGGUGGCUGAUGGUGUUGUGAAGCCCAAAAGGACCUCAGAUGUGGCUGGUAAAGCGUCAGUGGAAAGCUCAGAGUCUCCAAGCUGGAUCUCUUUGGCCAGACAGAAGCAGAAAGUCUUCAAAGAGAACUCCCUGGACGAAUCACCUGAGAGCAAGGUCGCUACCCAGGAUGAAUGCAACAAGAAGGGUUUAAUGGACGAUCCGUCAGGUCCAAUUACCAAGGAGCAGCUAAAACCUGUUGCUUCACCAGUUAAAGUGUCAUGUUCUUUGGAAAUAUCCAAACCAGUACUGGUGGAAAAGGAGAAGAGGACCAUCAGCCACCCAGUUCCAGCUCCUCUAACCCAGGAUGAGCCUCCAUGGCUGGCCCUGGCCAAGAAGAAAGCCAAAGCCUGGAGCGAGAUGCCACAGAUUGUGCAGUAAAGACCAAGAAAACACCAGGCUCAGAGCUUCUUUCCAGGACAUUUUUGCACACACAGAAAUGAACUUAUCCAGUAACUGAGAUGUCUCUAUCUUUCUCAUCUUUCGCUUUGCACACACACACAAAAAAAAAAAAAAACCCACACACAGAUCUACACAGACUUCUAAGCAAUAUAAUUGGAAUUGGUUUCCCCCGUUUGAACAUCUUUGUACCUAAAGGUAAGAAAACACUAGUUUUAAUUGUUAACACGGAUAAAGUGGCCUUAAAGCUUAAAUUAAACAUUUUUCCAGAGGCUUGUCUGAAUUUGUUUUCAUGUUCUUUUUAAUCAAUGAUACAUCACGAUACCUUUUCUCCCUUGAUCAGUUUUUGAGGUAAUUGUCUAUGGGGGGGGGGAAACAACAACAUAAAGACAUCUUUGUAUUUAUUUAUCUCAUUCAUGUAAUGUUUUAUGCAGUGUUGUUCUAUUUUUGUAUUUCCUUUAAAGUUGUGUUUACUGUACAUAAACAUUAAUAAAAAGAAAACUGUC